UACCGUUCUCUGUAAGAGUAACAAUGCGGGAAACGAGAGUUACGGAAUAAGCGGACUUUGUUUGUUAUUUCUCAAUCGGCUUCAUCCUCUUGAUUUAAUAAUGGGUGUCGCUACACAUUUGCGAUUAGGAUUGAUUUGGCUCAGCUUGGCAGUUACCGUCUACGUUUUCUUUGAAGCACACGAAAGACUCAACCCAACAAGUGAAUUUCGACGUGCUCAAAAUGAUUCCCAUCGCUUAACUCAGGCAUUGAAUUCGUGCGCGCAUUCAAACGAUGUUCAGCCUCCGAUUAAAGAGCAACAACACUCGUCAUCCGAUGAAAAUUUAACUGUCAUCAAUCGUGAUUUUUUCGAAUAUUUAGCCAGCCAAUUGCGUGAUACUCGGUACCCUGGCGUGGAAACUCACACUCGCUAUGUCGUGGCUAAAACUAGAAGAAAAUAUUUGCUAAACGUCAAACCCUUGCGACCCGAUUUCGGGCCCGUGUUAAACGAUGUGACAUCGUUCAAUUACCCGAUUCAAAUUUCCCGGUGUCGAGAUACGAUCGUUCGCGGUGGUCCCAGUCUCUUCGUGGCGGUUAUAUCCGCACCUCAAUACUUCCACAAACGAGACAUUAUUCGUCGAACAUGGCAACGACACUUGCAAAUGCAGUCUGAUCUUAAUUUAAUGAAUUUGGCUGGAUUCGGUUUCAUUGUCGGAUUGACGGAAGGCGAUGACGGAAUCCAGAAGCGGAUCGAAGAAGAGAGAAAGACGUACGGUGACAUUCUUCAAAUUGAAAUGAUUGACGACUAUUACAAUCUGACGCUCAAAGUAGUUGGUCUAUUGAACUGGGUAAACGACCACUGUUCUCGGGUGGAUUAUGUUUUGAAAGUUGACGACGACGUGUACGUCAAUACCCGGAAUUUGGUUACGGUCAUGAAGAAUUUAAAUUCAUCCGAGCACAGCAUGUACGGAUCUUUUUCCGAGGGCCUACCAAAUAGGGGUGGAACGUGGUACCUUAGUUUCGAGGAAUGGCCUUGGUCAAACUAUCCCACUUAUUUCAGAGGAGCGGCUAUUCUAAUGCCAGGAAUCACGAUCGGCCCUUUAUUAGCUGCUUCCCAAACGACGCCGUUUCUACCUUUUGACGAUACUUUUCUCACUGGAUUGUGUACAGCCAAAGCGGGGAUCACAGUGCGCAUUUCCGACAGAUUUUUCGUCGGAGGAGCAACAGAAGUACCUGAACCCUGUCACGUGUACACCUCUAUUACGUGGCUAACAGAUUCUGUCGCCCAGCUCAACAAUUCUCAAUGGGCUACUGAGAAUUUUUAUGAUAACCUGACCCAUUGCACUUUAAAUGAUCCCGGCGUUGCAAACCAAACGGUCAAUUCGAAAAAAGACAAAUUUCAUUUCAUUUUUUCAACGAGAGCAGAUGGACAAUAAACUCACGGUUACAUUUGAUCAGAAAAGAUUUUUCACCGGAGAAACAAACAACACAAGUACCUUAACUCUGUUGCGUUUACACCUCUAUUACUUGGCUAAUAAAAUCUGUUGUAAAAUUUA